CAAUUAAAUGUACUUUCACUAUCUGAAUACAUCACCAAAGGCUGCUACCUGAGAAAUGUUUUACUGCACUGAAAUCCUCCGAAGCGGAGGAAUCCACCACUUAUAUUUCCAUUGCUGUGAGUUGUCGGCCUGUUUGUCACCCUUCUUUUUUACGAAGUUUUCCAAGUAAUUACUUGCGUAGUGAUACGUUUUAUAUUGCGACUUUAACAGUACCGGCCAUUUUUAUUAUUAGGCAUAGCGUAUGAGUUGUGUAGACUGCAGGAAUCCGUUUUUCCGAUUUCUUCCAGGUAACAUGAGCUCUAACAUUUCCCCGUCAAGUAUCAAUAAUACGCUAAAUGACAGCAGACCACCAGCUAAUGUCGAACCAUACCGUCGGAAGAAUUCUAGACUACCGCUAGUCAAUUUUGACUUAAGACGAUAUAAGUCAACAUACUAUCGGCGUCUAAAAAAGUACAAUCUGGAUUGGAAGAAGCGUGUAGAAGAAUCAUAUGCGAAGAUUCUUGCAAGUGAACCACAACCUGAAACAAUGGCAGGAAACAUGGUUACUCCCCAACAAAUUAUCGUUCCGGUUGAUGUUCCUUGUAAUAGCAUGGCACCUACACCGUCAUUUGAUGAGCAUUUACCGAAUGAACAACUGUCUGCAACAGAGGAAGUUGAUCAAACCGAGUGCACUCCAGUGGAUUCUGUUCGCAACGUCGUCUACAGAUGCAAGCUGAAUAUGACUACUACUCGUAUUUUGCUGGAAGAAUUAAGGCCACAUCUUCGUGAACUGCCGACUGACCCUCGGACAUUGAUGAGGACUAAAGACUUUUUUGAAAGGAGAGCAUCAAAUGCCAACAUUCCCUCUCCCGUGGACAUGUGCCCAAGCACUGACAAGACAGGUGCUUGUACAUCUGGUUGUUGGAAAGAGAUAAAGGCUUUACGUUCCUUCCAGGCACGAACGGAGUCACGUCUCUCUGAGCUUGAGGCUAAACUCUCGCAAGUCAACGUUGUCGACAGAAUUGACAGUAAUAUCUCGUGUGUCAAUUCAGUUCAAAUUUUAAAGAGUUCUGGCAGAUGGCAAUUAGACAGCGACGCCGUCAUGUCAUCGUUUGAGGCAAAACUGUCCCAAGACGAAUAUCGUCAGGAUGUGUCGGCGGAUCUUUCUAGUUUGGUUGACGGGGACGUGCAAACCUCCGUUGGUCGCAUAAUGAAUGUCUUGUUGGAGCCGAACUACAGCUCACAUUUUUCAUGGGCUGGCACCAAGGAAAAAAAGAAGUUCAAGGACACGAAGACGUGUAACCUUGUGAUACGUAGGUGAAUUUUUUUUCAUUGUUGUCUCUCUAGGAACUAUUAGCAGUUUACAUAAACUAGGUAAUGCUGACCGAUGUACCACAGUGAAGGCUAUCACGACUUCAAUUCAACGUUGGUUCCAUAACAGUCGGGACAGACUGAAGUCGAGAAUUAGAAGGCGACGGCCUUGCCCAUUGGUAGGUCUUAAUUUUUUUCCAAAUUUCAAUUUUCAGAUCACCGUCGGCGAAAACAAAGAAAACCUACCAGACGCCGAAAGCACACGGGUGAAUUUUCUUGGUGAUUUGUAGGAUGUUCUACUUUAGAAAGUUAUCUGAAGAUUGUAAAUUAUUUUGCCAAGAUUAUUAAAUAUAUUUUUUCAAUUAAAAUCAGCUGCUUUUUGUUAAUG